CGCACCAAAAUUAUUCAAGCCACUAACACAUAAAAAUUAGGUCAAAUGUAAAAGAUAAGGAUAUUGUUAUAAUCAUAUGCCAGAGGAUAUAGACAUAUAUAACACGAUGUGGGUAUUUUCAACUUUCCUUUUAGUAUCCACAGCCUUCCUGACAACUAACGCAGUAGCAUUCAAUCCUUGUCCCGAGUCUUGGUACUUACAUGGUCGUUCUUGUUACGCUUUUGUCACAGAUCUAAAAACCGACUGGAUUGAAGCUGGGGCUUUUUGUGAGAGGUUUGCUUCUCAUCUAGCGGAAAUUGAGACGCAGGAUGAAGAUAAUUUCCUACGACACCAUAUAUCUUCAAAUCAUGAUACAUACUGGGUUGGUGCAACAGAUGCGUUUGAAGAAGGCCAUUGGGUAUGGGUAACGAGGCAGCGUCCAUUCACAUAUGUCGGCUGGUCACCAGGGGAACCAGUUAAUGGUGUUAGUGCAGCGUGCAUGACUUUGGCGGGAAAUUUAAAUCAUCACUGGAACGAUGAUUACUGCGAUAGAAAAUUCAGCUUCAUUUGUGAAAUGGAGAUUGAACUUGCGAUGCAUGGGGACUUGGUUGGAUAAAUGUUCUAUCCAGAUGCUUACUUUUUAAAGUAAAAUGUGUACAUAUUU